AGAAAAAAGAGUGGCCGAAGAAGAAGAAGAAGAAGAAGAAGAAGAUCGCAGGCAGGCAGAGUAGUUAGAAGCAGUUGGCGAUGAAGCAAAGACGACAACGACAACCCUCCCUCCGCCAUUAACCUAAUCGAUUCCUUUCACCUUCACCAAUUCCCGACGACGACAGUGUCCGCUCACCAAAUCUCACCUCACUUCUCUCUCUCUCUCUCUCCCUCCCUCAACUAAUUCUUUACAUAAUUUAAUUGAUCGAUUCUCUCUACUCUCGAUUACAAAUUAAUGUAGGUGCUGCUGUUGUUCUUGAUCGAUCUCAUUCAUUCUCUGAUAAAAUUCUGUGUAUUUUCUCUUCUGUUUUGUUCUGAUCCUCCAAAAUUUCAAUUCACGUGAUGCAGCCGCCGUUGCUCCGCCGCAAGUUCUCGCCGGCGCUGAUGAAGCCGCCGCGGAAGGGCGGCAACCUCUCCGUGUUCGUGGUGGUGUUCUCGGUCUUCGUCUUCGGCUGCUUUAUGUACAACGAAGACGUCAAAUCCCUCGCCGAAUUCCCAUUCUCCCGCCCCAGCAAAGACCACGCCAUUCACCAGAACGACCCCGCCGCCAAAACGACGACGUUUUCAGUUGUAAUGAAUGCAAGAACCGUCGUCGAAACCGAAGUCGCCACCGCCGCCGACGACUGGAAACAGGAAAGCGCCGCCGCCGUCAGCCUGAAACCGAACCCGCAGGAGAAUGACAAGGAGAAGGAGCAGAAUAAUAAUAAUAAUGUUAAUAAUAAGGUCGUGGAAGAAGAGGAGGAGGAGGAGGACGAUGAGGACGUGGAAAUCCCGCCGGAGGAGUGCGAUCUGUUCGCCGGCGAGUGGGUGUUGGACAAUUUAACGCAUCCGAUAUACAGGGAGGAUGAGUGCGAAUUCCUGACGGCGCAGGUGACGUGUCUGCGCAACGGCCGGAAAGAUUCUUUGUAUCAGAACUGGCGAUGGCAGCCUCGACAGUGUUCAUUACCCAAAUUCAAGGCCCGACUGCUGCUGGAGAAGCUUCGGAACAAGAGGCUGAUGUUCGUGGGGGACUCGCUGAACCGGAACCAGUGGGAGUCGAUGGUGUGCCUGGUGCAGUCGGCAGUCCCGCCGGGGAAGAAGUCGCUGAACAAGACCGGUUCUUUGUCUGUCUUCAGGCUCCAGGACUAUAAUGCCACGGUGGAGUUCUACUGGGCUCCAUUCCUGGUGGAGUCCAACUCGGACGACCCGAACAUGCACAGCAUCCUGAACCGGAUCAUCAUGCCCGGCUCCAUCAAGAAGCACGGCCGCAACUGGAAGGGCGUCGACUACCUCGUCUUCAACACCUACAUCUGGUGGAUGAACACCUUCUCCAUCAAAGUCCUCCGCGGAUCCUUCGACAAAGGCUCCACCGAGUUCGAGGAGGUCGACCGCCCCGUGGCCUACGCCCGCGUCCUCCGGACCUGGGCCAAAUGGAUCGACAAGAACAUCGACCCCAAGCGGACACAGGUGUUCUUCAUGAGCAUGUCCCCCCUCCACAUCAAGAGCCUCGACUGGAACAACCCCGACGGCAUCAAGUGCGCCAGGGAGACGGAGCCCAUCCUCAACACCUCCAUGCCGCUCAACGUCGGGACGGACCGCCGCCUCUUCGCCAGCGCCGCCAACACGACCCAGCGGGGCAUGAGAGUCCCCGUCUACUUCCUCAACAUCACCAGCCUGUCCGAGUACCGCAAGGAUGCGCACACCUCCGUGCACACCAUCCGCCAGGGCAAGAUGCUCACGCCCGACCAGCAGGCCGAUCCGGCCACGUACGCCGACUGCAUCCACUGGUGCCUCCCCGGCCUGCCCGACACCUGGAACGAGUUCCUCUACACACGCAUCAUAUCUCCAUCUCCAUCUUCAUCUUGAUAGAGUUGAAGAAGAAGAUGAAAUUUUUGCAUCAUAUAUAGAUAUCUGGUCGGUCGGUCAUGGGAGGAUUUUUUUCUUUUCUUUUCUGACAUUGCUGCACGAAAAGAACAGUUUGAUUAAUUCAGAAUGGCAAGAGGAAGAAUGCCAUUGAUGGAUUGGGUGAGGUGUCAAUUGUAAAAUGGAUUUUACUCUCAUAAGAAAAUAAUGUCAAAAGUCAAAUUUGUAGAGCCCGAUUGAUUCAAUGCAAGUUGAAAAUAGUAUUUCAAUUUUCUCAAUA